ACAGAUAUUUGACAACCCUAUUACAAAUUGUGUUUGUCCUCAUGAGGAUUAUGGGAGAGGCCCAAAUCCGAUCCGCAUGGCCAAUUCCGGAAAUUCGCAUCGCAACCGCAGCCGCCAUCCAAGGGGUCGGAACAAAGUAAGAGGCUUGGCCACAAGGAGGUAUAAAGUCUCAAGAGAAUCACGAAAACAGGGACGAUGGGCUUGGAGAGAGGAGACUCGUUCCUACCAUGAUAACGCCUCUAAGAAUAAAGAGCGUCAACGACGACGAUCUCGAACUCCCUCCUCAAGUCCAAGUCCGACCCGGAGAUCUUCAACCUCUAAGAAGUCGAAUAGGAGUCCUACGCGGGCAAGAGCAAGACGAUCUGGGGAGCGCUCUUAUUCUGAGUCAUCUGAGAAAUCGAUUGACAUUAUCCGACCCAUCAGACCCGGUCGUCACGAGCCCACUUCACCCAUCGAUCUGAAUAUAGUUUGUGGAAACGUCACACUAGCACUUCACAAUUGUCCUCCUCAAUUUCCAAAGCGAGCUAACUCCCAAGAACCAUCAGUACUUGAUAAAGGAGUGACUCCUAGAAACACCGAAACCCCAAUUGAUUCCCCCUCUUCACCGAAUCCAGCUUCUGAGGAGUUGUACGCAAGCGCUUUGAAGGCGCACGGAGUUCCAGAAAUGGUUCUUACUUAUCCAGAUGGAUUUCAAAGGAUGUCUCUCACUUUUGCUGGCCGAAUUUCUGUUGUGAAAGACUAUUCCGAUUCAACGUGCCGUAAAAUUGCUUUAAGAAUGAUCCAAAAGUGGCAACAAUCAAAUGAGACCUACUUGAGCCUCUCCACUCGAUACUUAACAAACAGAAAAAAGGAACCUGAGCCCGACGGCAACAAUAACCACUACUACGGCUAUAAUUGUCUCAAGACUUUCCCGCCCAUGAUGAAGCUUCGCCACGAAUUGCAUGAUAUCCUUGCGUCCAGGGUGAGGGCAAGUUCUUCCUUCUCUUAUUCAGAGUUAGUGGAUCUCACGCUGUUUUACUUUAAUCAUGUUGCUGAUCAUGUAAAAUCGUUGAUUCCUGAAGGGGUCUAAUAAUUGGUAAGAUGAAAAAGAAUACCUUAUUAUGAA